UCGAUUUUUCUUAUCAAUAGAAACAAAAUUUGUUUUAGCUGAAUCAAGUCACAGUUAAGAUUCAGAAAUUUUCAAUUGGGGAAGUUCUGAUUACCAUUGAAUUUCGCGAUUGCAGAUGGGGGAGCUUCAAAUUCAACACCCCUUUUCUCUUCCACCUCCGCCGCUGCCCCCUCUCCCUCCGCCGUCUCCGUCGCGCGAUGACUCCGCUCCGCCUGAGCCCUCAUCUCGGGAAGACAAUUCUCCUCCUCCUCCCGCCCCUCCUUUCGAUCCUAGCAGAAUGAUUGGGAUCAUCAAAAGGAAGGCCAUGAUCAAAGAAUUGGCAGCUGCAUAUCAUGCUGAGUGCCUCACCUACUGCCAGGAACUAUUGGAACUACAGAAAAAUGUCGACGAGCCAUUCACAGACAUAAAACUUCCGGAGGAGCCAAGGAAAGAAGUACAAAGACCUGCCAAACGCGUCAAGAAGUCCCGCUAGGUGUCAAUACGAGUUCAAGGUCUCUUCAUCUCAAUCCCACUUAGCAGUAUCAAGAGGAACCAUAUCAGUUUAAGAUGGCAUUGAAUAAAUUGCUGAUAUUUUCUUAUUCUGGUCGUACUUGGUAGGUGCAUCAUGCUCUCUAGCAAUAACUGUCCUUAGUUCUUGUAGAAGUUCAUGAGCUUUCAUUUGUUUUGGUUUGAGUUGGUAAUUGAUGUGUUAUUACUAGGACUUUUGCAAUCUUAUCCUAUUGAUGGAAUAUAAUCAAGCUAAGUUAGUUCAAA